AUCAUACCAUCACCGUGUGCGUUUUCAUUUUGCUGUCGCGAAUGUGAUUUCGUUUUUAUAUAUUUUUUUCUAAAAAUGGGGAAAAACAAGAACAAACAGAUAGAUCCUAGCAUAUCGAAAGAUGAAUUAAUGAUGAUGACAGUCGCAGAAAUAGUUCAGGAACUUAUUAAAGCUCACAAAAAUAGCACUGUAAUUAACUUAAACAGGAUAAAAUGUACAAUUUCAUCUAAAUAUGGAUUGAAAUCACAACCACGUUUAGUUGACAUUAUUGCAGCUGUUCCAGUCGACUAUAGAAAAGUACUUCUUCCAAAACUGAAAGCCAAGCCUGUGAGAACAGCUAGUGGGAUUGCUGUAGUAGCUGUUAUGUGCAAACCUCAUCGCUGUCCUCAUAUCAACAUGACUGGAAAUGUUUGUGUAUACUGUCCUGGAGGUCCUGAUUCUGAUUUUGAAUACUCCACUCAAUCAUAUACUGGAUACGAGCCGACUUCCAUGAGAGCUAUACGAGCUAGAUACAAUCCUUUCCUGCAAACAAGACAUAGACUUGAACAGUUAAAACAAUUAGGCCAUGAUGUCGAUAAAGUAGAGUUUAUAGUAAUGGGAGGAACAUUUAUGGCUUUGCCUGAAGACUAUCGUGAUUAUUUUAUUCGAAAUCUUCAUGAUGCUUUAUCUGGCAACUCAAGCACAUGUGUGGACGAAGCUGUAAAAUACAGUGAAAGGUCCAAAACCAAAUGCAUAGGAAUAACAAUUGAAACAAGACCAGAUUACUGUUUAAAGAGACAUCUUAGUGAUAUGUUAAAAUACGGUUGUACUAGACUAGAAAUUGGAGUUCAGAGUGUAUAUGAAGAUGUAGCUCGAGACACCAACAGAGGUCAUACAGUUAAAGCGGUGUGUGAAACUUUUCAAUUAGCUAAGGACUGUGGGUUUAAAGUUGUGGUUCAUAUGAUGCCAGAUUUACCUAAUGUAGAUUUUGAAAGAGAUGUAGAACAGUUUAUACAAUUUUUCGAAGAUCCUGCUUUCCGAGCUGAUGGUUUGAAAAUCUACCCAACUUUGGUUAUCAGAGGAACUGGUUUAUAUGAGCUGUGGAAAACAGGGAGAUAUAAGAGUUACCCACCGAGUGUUCUAAUUGAUUUAAUUGCUCGAAUCUUGUCCCUUAUUCCACCUUGGACCAGAGUGUAUAGGGUGCAAAGGGAUAUUCCAAUGCCUCUUGUAAGUUCCGGUGUGGAACAUGGUAAUUUGCGAGAGUUAGCACUAGCUAGAAUGAAAGAUUUAGGUUUGCAAUGUAGAGAUGUUAGAACUCGAGAGGUGGGAAUUCAAGAAAUUCACAACAAAAUCAGACCAUAUGAAAUUCAGUUGAUUCGGCGCGAUUAUGUUGCAAAUGGUGGAUGGGAAACAUUUCUAUCAUAUGAAGAUCCAGAACAAGAUAUUUUGGUUGGCUUACUAAGAUUAAGAAAAUGUUCUGACAAUACUUUUCGCCCAGAACUGAAAGGUGGUGUUUCAGUUGUGAGAGAACUUCAUGUAUAUGGCAGCGUAGUGCCUGUCAGUGCUAGAGAUCCAACAAAAUUUCAGCAUCAGGGAUUUGGAACAUUGUUGAUGGAAGAAGCAGAACGAAUAGCACUAGAAGAACAUGGUUCAGGGAAAAUUGCUGUUAUAUCUGGUGUAGGUACAAGAAAUUAUUACAGGAAGCUAGGAUAUGAGUUGGAAGGACCUUAUAUGUGUAAAACGCUUUUAUAAAGAAAUGUAAAUAAACGCAAUCAAUGAAUUGAAGAUUAAAGAAAUAUAUAUACUUUUAAUCAGCA